AUGAAACGCGCCUGCAGCCCAGAAACCAGCAAACAUGAGCUGAAAAAAGGGAUUCCGCUAGAUGAAGAGCGCCCAAUUCUAUUAAGCUUAAAUGCACCUGUCUCUCCGCCACGAAAAAGAUCAUCCAUCAAAUGGGUAAAGGAUGGAGAUGGAGGAGACGCUAUCCCACUUGAUGCAUCACAACUAAACACUUCAUCCAGCCUCGCUGCCAUCGAAGCAGGUCAGGUUGAAGUGACCGACCAUCUGAGCACAAUUUCCGCGAGGCUCAAAGAAUGUGUUCGCCCACUUCCAAAACAGCCAAUACCGCGGCUGCCAAUCAAGGAUUGGAUCGAGCUGUACAGACGCAAUGAGCACCCAGAAGGGCACCAUUUCGUCAUCCAUCAACAUGACCAUCCCAUCGCAGGGCCGCAUUAUGAUCUCCGCCUCCAGUUCUCAGAGACCAGCUCUGUCAGUUGGUCGGUUAUGUAUGGGAUGCCUGGGGAUCCGAAUAGCCAGCGACUAAACCGGAAUGCAACUGAAACUCGGAUCCAUUGUUUAUGGAACCAUCUCAUUGAAACAGCUUCCCAAGAAACGGGGAGCCUAAUUAUUUGGGAUACUGGAGAAUAUGAAAUUCUACCUUAUCGAAUGGACCCAUCUGGCCCGGAGACCGAUGAUGCUCGAUCAGAGAUGUCCGAAGAUAGUCAGGAUUUACCGAAAGAGCCGAUCUCAGAUAGUGCGAAGUUGCGAGAAGCUUUUCAGAAUCGCAAAAUCCGACUCCGGCUGCACGGAACCCGUUUGCCAAAAGACUACACUAUUACUCUGCGGAUGGACAAGACAACCGAUUUCGCCAGGCCGAUCCGCGAGGGCCGCAGACGGCGUCGUCGACACCCAUCCAGGCCAACGCUGCCACAAGCGCCGUCCACCUCGGAUUCGGGAUCCCCUUCGCCGCCACCUGGUACAGAAGAAUCGAGGGGGAAUCAAACAAUACAGCGAUCUCAAUCGGAAUCUCAAACAGGCCUGGCUAAGCAUGCAGAUGCAGAUGAUACCUACACCGCCGACAUCGAAAUUCAAAGAAACAACGCCUACCCAGGGUCCAGCAACACGAUCGGCUCGAUCCACCAACGGCGAUGGUUUCUCAGUCUGGACCGGGAAUCUUCUGGAUUUGAGCCGACCACGGUAAAUCAAAGUGAAGGGCCGAAAGAAAAAAGCAAGAAAAGAACGUGGACCCCCAAACCCGCCGGAGGGUUCGAGCCGUUUUACGUGCACGGACCGGAGACUGAGCGGAGCAUUAUUACAGCGCGAUUGGCGCGCGAUGUCUUGGAUGACGAGGCCGUGGAAAAGUUUGUGCCGAGGCGCGGGUGGAGGCCGGUCCUGCAUUAG